AUGGCCGCAGAAGCUGGCGUGGCAGCUGCCGGUGCGGCUGCUGUGGGGUUUGGCCUGUUCGAUUACAAUCGUGCCAACUACUUGUACGAUGCAGAGUUCCGAUUCGAGAGGUUCAGCGCCGGACGAGAAUAUGCUGUGGAGCAGUCUAACCAGUUCCGUAAUGACUUGAGAACUCUGUCGGCUUUGACGAUGGUGAAGAACAACCAAUAUGCCGGCUUGGCUGCUUUGGACAUGGCGCUCUGCAUUGCGCUCUACUGUGCUGGCCGUCUGGGUUUGCACGGACCUUCUCCUCCCGGUUGGAUCAUGGCGCUUUGGAUCACGACGAAUGCAGCUUCUUUCGCUUUCAUGGCUUUGGCGAUCCUGCUGGCGCUGCAUGCCUCUUAUCGUGCGCAGGCUGCCUCGGUGAACUUGCUUACUCGCAAGACCAGGGUGCCAGUCCCUUCCAUGCGGCAACUUGACAAGGCGCGACGAUUCAGCUCGGAAUUUGAGCAGCAGCAGUGGAGUGACAUCUUGCGUGUGCCGUACCUCGCAAAUCCUGGUGUGCCGAAAACGGACGCCUCAAAGGCCAAGUCGCAAUGCUGUCUGAUGCUGUCCGAUGCUGUCCGAACAUUGGUGGUUGUCUUGAGGUUCACAGUGCUCAUGCUGAGUCCCUGUCAGUUGCACGCAGCAAAUGCGCCUUCCCAUGUCGCCGGCUCCACCACUCCAUUUGCAGAAUUGAAGCACAAGCCGCUGACCCAUACCGUGCAUGCGGGCAGGGCGCGUGCCAUCAACUUGGCUGCUGGUGCAGCGGCUCUGCCACUGGAGGUCCUCGAGCGGGCAAGCGCCGAGUUCGUGGAGACGGACCACAGCGGCAUGAGUGUUGCUGAAAUGGGCUAUCGCACCAAGCCGUUCCAUCACAUCAUGGAGCGCGCCGAGAACUCUUUCAGGGAGCUUCUGAACAUUCCUGACACUCAUGAGGUGCACUUCUUCAACGGUGGUGCGACCCUCCAGUUCUCUGCCAUCCCUCUCAACCUGUUAGGUGGUCGGAAUGAGGGCAAGGCGGCGAACUACUUGAUGAGUGGACAUUGGAGUGAAAAGGCCAGCAAUGAAGCACGACUCUUUGGCGAGGUCAAGGAUGUGGCAGAGGAUCCGAAAGGACUCUACUUCGACAUUCCGGAUAGUACUUCCUGGAACUUCGAUAAGGAAGCAGCGUACUUCCACUAUACAUCGGCUGACACGCGACAGGGCCUCGAAAUCAGAAACUUCGAUUUCGACGCUGUACCAGCAGGCAUGCCUGUUUGCUGCGAUGCAUCGGCGAAUCUGGGCAGUGCACCGGUUGACGUCUCCAAGUAUGGAGUUCUUUAUGCGGCUUCGCACAAAAACUUUUCAACGGCAGGAGUGUGUUACAGCAUCAUCAGACGAGAUCUGAUCAGCGAGGAAACUCAGAUGAAGGCCAUCCCCACUAUGUGCAAUUGGGUCAAGUUUCAGCAGGCCCCGAACAAAAUCUACAAUGUGCCAGUGCUUGUGUCCAUAUGGAUUGGUGCACUAAACACGGAGUGGAUGAUUGAGCGUGGCGGAGUUGCUGCGUUCGAAGAACUUGCAAUCCAGCGCUCUCGGCUUCUGUAUGAUCUGAUUGACAACUCCAACGGCUUUUACAGAACCUUCGUGGACAGUGAGGCUUUCAGAUCUCGCAUGCAAGUUGUGUUCACGAUUGGAAGCGGAGCUGGCACUGACCAUGAGUUGGUGGAGAAGUUUCUGCAAAGGGCAAAUGACGAGCUGGGCUGGUUGGAUAUUCGCUCCCACCCUUUGGGAACACCGUCCGAUGCCAUUCGGGUGACCAUGUACAACCACCAAACGCUUGAGACGAUCAAGGUGGUGCGCGAGUUCAUGCACGUGUUUCAGCAAGAGAAUGCCUCCAGCAGCUACAGAUCCUUCCUCGCACAGCAGGGGAUUUAUUUGUUCAAGUCCGUCACGGUCUCCGUGGCUCUCGAGCACACCUUUGCAAGUGGUUCUGAAGACCCGUUGCGCAGCCUUGAGUUUGGAAUGCCUGUGCCUCAGCUCGGUUUCGCCUGUCAGGACUGGCUCGGCUUUGCAUGCCUGCAUCUAGAAAGUUACACCAAAGAUCAACCUUCUCCAGUGUUCAACCGCAGGAGGGACAUGAUGUGUUUUUGCUUGAUGUGCUGUGGUGCCUACUUCUGCCUUCAGGAGUUCGAGACAGACCGGGCAGGUACUGUGACAGGUAUCGCAGAGGUAUCACGCAUCGUUCCAAGGUAUGACAUCUACGCUCGCGUGUGCAUGCUUCUGGGCUUCUCUGCCUUUGUGCAAUCUCUGGCCUUCUACGGCAAUGGCCACAUCAUUGUCGAACUGCGUGCCUUCUACGUGGCUCACGCGACUGCCUUCGUUCUUGAGGUCUUGCACGUCCUCCUCCUUCGCUUCGAUAUCAUUCAGGGUCGUGUGAAGUCUACGGAUCGCACUCCCGCGUGGUUUCUGUGGCUGGGUCCUGUCUCGGUGGCCUUUGCAACUAUUGGCAUGUCGCUGGACUUCAGACUCCAAUUCAACAUCGUUGCAAUUGUCUUCACCUGGAUCUGCAUCUUUGGUGCGUACAUCUGCCAGUUCUGCUACCAACUUCGCAUUCUGGAAGUGAUCCUGCCAGACGACGUUCGCAACCCGCUGAAGUUGGAGGAAAACAUCGGCGAUGCGUGGUGGCCUGCGUCGUGGCGCUGUCCUUCUGCCUUUGCGCACGUGCUCUACUUCGUAGCGCCGCCAAGCCGACUCCAACCAGGACAGUUCGAUCUGGUCCGGGAGGUCAAGAGCGGGGCACAGGACGAUGCCUUCGAAAGUGCCGGGGUUGCCGGAACGGAGUCCAAGCCAGUUGACACCAGUGAUGCUUCUGCCAAUCCAGGCAUGACUGCGGAGGAAAUAGCAGCCCAGGUGCAAUACCUUGACCGACUGUUUGACUACUUCAUGUCCGACCAAGUCCACAAUCAGAUGUCGGAGGCCAACAGACAGCGUGUGAAGGACCUCUUUUCGGAGUUCUCGGCUGCACGUCGCAAAGGUGCCGGCCCGGAGGCGGUGAGGACCUUCACCGAUUGCCUCAUCGCCCUGGAGGGGGUUCAAGCCACCGAGGGCUUCAGCAGAGAACCAGAUAUGGGCACGGACACGGGCUACACAUCAACCGGCAGCAUGGGCAGCUCAGGCAGUUCUGGCAGUGACGCAGAGGAGGAAGCGAUUAAAGGGUACACGUGGGAUGGCCGCCGUCUGUGGAAGCAAGAUGCAGCAGUACGCCUCUUCUCGAAGAAGGGAGACAUCGAACCGUGGCGUCUGAUCAAUGUGCUGCAGCUAGCCAUCUGCGGCGCGUGGGCCUUCCUGAUCCUCUGCAUGGUUGUGGACAUCUUCAUUGGAGAUCAGGGGCUUGUCACAGCGCCCCACUGGUCGCGACCUCCCAUGUCACGGCUGUCUUUGGAGCCCCACGAGCUGGGAACACCUUUGGGCUUUCCUUGGUAUGCAGGUGCCAAGCCAUGGAUUCCGGAGCAGAUGGCCUGGCAUGAGGAGAAGCGUGCCGCCAUGAGUGGCUUCAUCAGUGCCCCGCAUUCAGGCCAGGAGGAGGGCGGCGGCGGCCACUCCAACAUCCACAAGGGUGAGGCACGUCGCUUGGGCGAGCAUUUUCGUGCAUCUCCGGCUCGGAACGCUUUGCGCGACAUCUUGGAACUGUUGCCAGGUUCGGAGCCGGCUCGCGAGAUGCCGGUGCACACAGCGUGGCCUGGGUUCUUUGAGCCGCGCAUGUUAGCAUGCGGAGCACAUGGCAUUGCUGCUUUGUCACCUCGUGGUGUGGGUGCCUUCGUUCCGGCGGCUGUGGCUCGCCACCAUGGGUUCGAAGCUGCCCGUCGCUUCCGCCUUGCAGGGCUUACUCACUUGCCUCCCCUGCACUCUGCGGCUUUCCAUCCAGAAUCGCAGGAGCUGCUGGUUGUGACUCGCGGUGGGCAUGUUGCUUCGUGUCCUGACGCUGGAGCUUCACCGUGUACGACAUCCUUUGAUCGCCUUCCCGUCUCGGCUCUUCGUGCUGCUGCUGUUGCCUGGCUUCGUGAUGAGGCCUCCAACGAGCACCACUUCCAUGCUGCCUUCAUUGACGAGGCUUUGCCUGACCUGGUGGCCGUGUUCAAGCUGGUGCGGCACGGCCAGGCUGCAACUUGGCACCCGCUUGGGGAGUUUCCGACGCCUUUCUCCGACGAAGUGAAGGAGCCUCUGUCUGCCAAGGUCUCUUUGGCCUUUGCUCCUGGCGAAAUUGUGCUCACCACGGCUGCUGGAGCUGUCCAUCGUCGUCGCCUGCAGGAUGGUGCGCUUGUGGAAUCUUCGCACCGAUGGGGCGGCGCCUCCACUGUGGCGCAGUGGCAGGCGAUUGCGUUCAUGCGCUAG